AUGGCGACACCCGCAACUCGCGUCCUCGCCGGCUGCUCUCGUCGACCAGCAACCGUCGCACGCUGGGUCCUGCCGAUCCAACCUGAGCGACAACAGCAUGCAGUACGGUCAUUGGCGAGUCUUGCGCCCGGUCGGCCAGCUCGAGGAAUCGCGGUCUGCACCCGGUCACUUCCUCCGACUUCCCUCGCCAUCACCCCGGUGUGCGACCUGCGAAGACGGAUACGGGCGUCCGCGCGAUGGGCAUCGAACGGAGCAAGGGGAGGGGCCAAGGAGGAGCCGAGUGCGGCCGUCGCAAAGACGGCGUCUCCUCCGAUUGACGAGGGAGAGGUUGCGGAGUCGGGCGCGAAGGAGAAGGUCAAGAUGGGCGAGGUGCGGCGCUUGUUGCAGCUGGCGAAGCCAGAGCGGAGAACGAUCGGGAUCGCCAUCGGUCUGCUCUGCAUCUCUUCCGGCGUCUCGCUUUCCAUCCCUCUCGGCAUCGGUCGCAUCAUCGACAUCUUCUCCGGCCAAGCCUCGAAUCUCCCCGUGUCGAUCCCCACCGCCGCUGGCCUCCUUGCCGUCUUCUUCGCGGCAGGAGCGGCAGCCAACAUGGGCCGUACAAUCCUGAUGCGGAUCAGCGGUCAACGCAUCGUUGCGCGACUGCGAGAGGCCGCCUACUCGAACGUGUUGAGGCAGGACAUCGGCUGGCACGACUUGCAGGGCGCCGCGACCAAGUCGACGACCACCGAGAUCUCUGGAGCGUCCCACGAACACGAGUCCAAGGAGCCUACUCCUCCUUCUUCGACUGCCAUCGCCAACGUCAAAGACACCGGCGUCCGCUCGACCGGCGACAUCAUCUCCCGACUCGGUUCCGACGCAGGCAUCGUCGGCGAGAGCUUGACGCGCGAGUUGAGCGAGGGACUGCGCGCCGUUGUCACGGCCACCGUCGGCAUUGGCGCUAUGCUCUACAUCUCCAGCAAGGUGACUGGCGUCAUGCUCCUCAUCGUCCCACCCAUCUCGGUCGCAGCCGUCUUCUACGGCCGCUUCCUCAAGAAGCUCUCGCGGCGGACGCAGAAGGCUGUUGGCGAGAUGGUUGCCGUCUCCGAGGAACGGCUCGGCGCGAUCAGGACCGUCCAGGCCUUCAACGCUGUCGAGCCCGCCGAGACUCGCCGGUUCAGCGAGAAGGUCAACAAGGUCUUCGAGCUCGCAAAGACCGAAGCGUGGGCAUCGGGCUUGUUCUUCGGAGGGACAGGCUUCGCCGGGAACUGCACCUUGAUCGCCCUGCUCACCUACGGAGGCUCGCUUGUCGCCCACGGCGAGCUGACAGUCGGCCAGCUCAUCAGCCUUCUGACCUACACCGUCUACGUCGGCAGUAGUCUUGUCGGUUUGACCUCCUUCUUCGGCACGAUCAUGAAGGGCCUCGGCGCAUCGUCCCGCAUCUUCGAGCUCCUCGAUGCACGUCCACUGUCGGUCAAACUUGGAGUUGGCCGUCCACUGCCCGUCACCACGCCGCCCCGCCGCCUCGUCUUUGACAACGUUCACUUCGCCUACCCUUCUCGCCCUCACAGCGAGAUCUUGCGUGGCGUCAACCUUACGAUCGAGCCCGGCACCAUCACCAGCAUCGCUGGCGGCAGCGGGUCGGGCAAGUCGACCAUCGCCAACCUCCUCGAGCGCUUUUACGACCCCUCGUCCGGACGCAUCUUGUACGGCGACGACAACAUUCGCGACUUUACGCCCGAAUCGUGGCGACAGCGUAUUGCGAUCGUCCCGCAGGACCCGGCGCUCUUCUCCGCCACAAUCGCUGAGAAUAUUGCAUACGGCCGUCCCGACGCGAGUCGCGCCGAGAUCGAAGAAGCCGCUCGUCUCGCCAACUGCGGCUUCAUCGACACGCUUCCUCGCGGCUUCGACACGCAAGUCGGCGCACGCGGCGCUCAGCUCUCGGGCGGACAGCGCCAGAGAUUGGCCAUCGCUCGAGCGCUCCUGCAGAAGCCGAAGAUUCUCGUCGCCGAUGAGGCAACCUCAGCACUCGAUGCUGCGAGCGAGAGCCUCGUCAAUGAGGCCAUCUCCAACAUUAGCCAAAGCCACCAGCUUACGACCAUUCUGAUCGCUCACCGCUUGUCGACGCUCAAGACGGCUGACAAGGUCGUCUACAUGGAGGACGGCGUUGUCGCCGAGCAGGGUUCGUACGACGAGCUCGCAAGAGAGGGCACCCGCUUCAACUACCUCAUUCGGAGCCAGCUCCUCGGUGGACCGGCUCCGACGACGACCAAAGCACCAGCAGAAGAGCGAGUGCGGGCGUAG